UUUAUUUCCAUAUUCUGUUGUUAUUUAUAGCAACUUUACUAUGAUGAUGAAAACUCAUUUGAAAAAGCUAGUAAAUCGCCGAGACCAGAGUAAAAUGGAAAGAAACUAAUUCGAGAUUGCAACAAGAUUAGUCUUGAAGUACCCUGAUAACAGAAUCAUCUAUCAGGAUGCCAAAGUCAAAGGAGUUUUUAUCUUCCAGUGAAUCUGACUCUGAUGAGGAGCAACCAAAACCUAAAAAGAAGAAAGUUGAAAAGCCGAAAAAAGAAAAGAAGGAAGAGGAAGUUAAAGAUAGCUCUGGUGUUAGAGGGAAAAAUGGAGAAAUGAUGUUUCAGCUGUCACGUAUGCGCUAUGCCACUGUCAGUGAGUUCAGGGGUAAAGUCAUGGUGAGCAUUAGGGAGUAUUAUGAAGCAGAGGGAGAACUCAGACCUGGUAAAAAAGGUAUAUCAUUAUCUCUGGAACAGUGGAACAAGCUGAAAGAAUUGACGGAGGAAAUAGAUGAUGAAAUCAAAACCCACUGACUGAAAAAAAAUUGCUGUACUUUGGGAUUUCCAGUGUCAUUCAUGUACCAAUUUGGUCAAACAGAAAGUUGCUGAUGGCAAGAUGGAUGAAUCCCACAAAUACAAAUUUGCUUAUAUAAAAUGCAAUGUGCUUAUAUCACAGUCAUAACUGCCGUAUGGAUUAAACUGAAAUCAUUCUGUAACUUAAUUUUUUGAAACUGUAGAUACACUGUACCAUCAUCAUGAUUUUAUUUUGUUAGUUUAAUUUUAUUCUGUGUCUACCUUUAGCAUUUGAGUUAUACCCCUUAGUUUAUAAAGAUUUUGUUCGCCCAUAUUUUUUGCUGAUUAAAAAUUAUGCAUCGUUUAUCAGAGGUAAAUUGUUCACUCAUAUUUUCCUCACAUAUAUGGGAGAAAGUGAUGAAUUCUCUUUUCAUAAAGAUGACAAACCAUGUUUAUGGGAAGAUGAAGAUGUCAAAUGCCUUUUGGACAUGAUUUUCUUGUGCUUUUGAGAUUUGCUGUCAUAGUAUGUCAUGUAAAUGUGUGUGUGCUAUUUACACUGAAUACAACUGCCUG